AUGGCCCUAGUUCACGCCCAAAACCACUACGCUUAUUGCCUCCCCAUGGAGCUUGAGCAACCUCAGCAAUUAGGUGAUUUUUCUGGCUCUAGCAAUCGUCGCAAGCAAACCAACAAGAAGUUCUGCAACUAUUGCAAGCGUCCUGGCCACACCAUUGAGACUUGUUACCGUCGUAACAAAUCCACUGCUGCUGUUGCUAAUACUGCACCUACUCCGCCAACGGUUUCCACGUCCCAGUCUUCUGGAUCUACUAUCAACCUCUCUUCCACUGAACUACAGGAGAUCAUAGCUCAGGCUGUUCGUAUGGUUGGUAAUGCAUCUCUUUCCACUGCCUUAUCUGUUCUACCUGGAUCCGAGGACGGGGCAGGAGCUUGGGACCGGUCCUAGAGUUGGGCGUAUGUUUCCCGUGAACAAUCUUCAUCUUCCACCUGUUGCUCCUGUUUCUGUUGCUGCUGCAACAGCUGCAGUUUCUUCCUUACCUUCUCUUGCGCUUUGGCAUUCUCGUCUUGGUCAUGCACCAUCUUCUCGGGUACAACAGUUAGUGUCUAGAGGUCUGUUGGGUUCUGUGUCUAAAGACAAUUUUGAUUGCACUUCAUGUCAGUUAGGAAAACAACCAGCUUUGCCUUUCAAUAACAGUGACUCCAUUUCUAAAAGUAUUUUUGAGUUAAUUCAUUCUGAUGUUUGGGGACCUUCUCCUGUUGCUAGUAUUGGUGGAUCUCGAUAUUUUGUUGUUUUUAUUGAUGAUUACUCUCGUUAUAGUUGGAUUUUUCCUAUGAAAUCUCGUUCUGAAAUUUUAUCAAUAUAUAGCAACUUUGCAAAAAUGGUUGAAACUCAAUUCUCCAAACGUAUCAAAACCUUUCGAUCUGAUAAUGCUCUUGAAUAUACUCAACAUGCAUUUCAAACUCUGUUACAUUCCUAUGGUACUAUCCAUCAUCUAACCUGUCCAGGUACCUCUCAGCAAAAUGGUCGAGCCGAAAGAAAACUUCGUCAUAUUCUUGACACUGUUCGUGCUUUACU